UGGUGAUAAUUUAUAAGAUGCCAGAAUACCGUAGGAGGUAUAUAUUUACGCGUCCUCCCAGACCAGAAGAGAGCACGCCAUGAUUAGGAAUUUGAGACAAGAGGAAUAAGGAAAGAGAAAAGGCGUUGUUAUCAAUUUGGUUGUAAUAGGCUGACAAUUGCCUCAUGCCCAUUCUCAGCCGCCCACAAUAAUGGCGACAAACCUGAGAUACACUUUGACUCAACAUCAGCGCCCUUCUCAAGCUAGAGACGGUGUACUUCCAUCCCCAGCGCAGCUACAUCAAGAAGUGCCUGCAGCUCUCGGACGUCGAGGACUACCUCGAAAUGGGGAAUAACGAGGCGCCCGUGUACCUGAUCACGGGGCUGAAGAUCACCUGGGGAACAACCAUAUCCACGGAACACGGGCGAGGCUAUGAGGACACGGCCGAGGUAGGCGUGAGUGUACCGUGCGGACCCGUUGAUGUGGAUGUCGGAGCUGGGGCAGGAGUCGUCGGAGACUCGGCGGUGUCAUCGUCGUUUGGCAAGCCGGCGGAUUUCGUGCUGGGUAUCCGGUUGCAAAAGAUUUAUCACAAGAAGAAAUUCUGGAGUGCAGAGCAGACCCUUGCUAUUGAAAGGGUGGCUAAAGGGGCGGUAUUGUUGGACAGCGAUGAGCCGGAGCAAGUCGAGGACGCCGAGGCUGAAGACAACUUCGUCAUUGCAGACAUGGACGACGCAGAACUUGAAGGUAGACGACUUGGGCGGCCUAGGAUUGGUCCUUGAGAGGCUCGGAGUUCAAGAAUCCGUACCUACUCUAGAACACAGCUAAUUUACCCGGCCGGAUCUCGCUAUCUGCCUAAGAAACGAACCAGAGGGCUGUAUCAUUUCGGGGGCCAUCGGCUACCCAGGCCACAUGGACUUCUCUGCAACGUCAUGGUGAUCGUGGCCGCAGUGCUUGCUUCUCGGCUUCACGUCAAGAGCGAUGCAUAUUGGCUGUCGGAAACUUCGACGUCAUAUAUGCACGCCGUUAGUCAGUCGAGCAUUACUCACGGUG